AUGUCUCCCUCCCUUAGCAACUCCAGCGACAACGGCACCCGCAACCGCCAAACGGAUACCAGCAACCUGGCAGAUCACUCUGACCCACAUUCCAGAUCACCGGACGAUCUCGAAGAUGAAAACCCAAGCAAACGACCCCGACUCCCGCUAGGCAAGGAUGACUGCGAGAACGACGAGACCGAGCGACUGCGCGCGAAAUUCAUGGAGCUGCAUCCCACCAUGCACGGAGAAUCUUUCUCAUCAUUCCGAGAGGCUGCUAAAGACGUGCGGCUGGUAGGCACCUAUCUUGCCAAACUCGAGAAAUUUCGAAGCUUGUUGCCGGGUAUGAACCGUUCCUAUGUCGACCAAGUGUGGCAACAGUUUAUCCAAAGAAAGACGAAAUCUCAAUCCCUCGCCCAAGAUCUGCGUUUUCUUGGCAACACAUAUAUGAUAGAUAUGGCGGUUGAACUAGCUUUCUUGUGGAAUCACCCUCAGUAUCAUGGUAAGACUGAAAUCAGUAAAACCACGAUGCUUGAAGCUGUCGAGGCCAAAAACCAAGACGAGGCUUGCGCGAUUCUGGAAGCUCGUUCAAAAGAGGUUUCUUCACCGGGCAAGGAUGACUCCGAGGACAGCCAAACCAAGCAACUGCGCGAGAAAUUCAUAAAGCUGCAUCUCUUCCUGUACGAACGUGAAGCUGAGGAACAUUUCAUAUCGUUCCGAAAGGUCGCUGGAGACGAGUUGGUAAGCACAUAUCUUGCCCAACUCGAGGAAUUCUACCGCGAUGUGCGGAAUGACGGCCCUCUCCAAAUUCGACUUGCGUGGCCACAGUUUAUCCUUAGAGAGAAGGACUCUCAAGACCUAGCCAAAAAAAAUUCCUUUGAUGCCAAUAUGAUGGAUCGCGCAAUUAAGCUAGCUUUCUUGUGGCGUCACCCUCAGUAUGAUAGUGGGACCGAAAUCAGUACGAUGCGCCAAGCUGUCGAGGCCAAAACCAAUAAAGAGGCUCGCGCCAUUCUAGAAGCCCUUGCGGCCAAUUUUUUCAACAAACAGGAUAUGACUGCGGACGUGCGAGUGAGGUUGAAUCAGUGGAACGACUACACGGAGGUCGCAAGCUUAGGAGCACUUGACUGGGCAGAAAGAACCCAGCAAAGAUUCACUGAGGAUGUUCUUGCCGAAAUGAAGAAGUUUGACAAUUCCAUGGAAGAUCCUCUUGUCUGCGCGAUAAACGCAAUGAGUGACUCCACGGGGUUCGUAAAUAAAAACCCUUUGAAGGUGCUGCUUGUGUUGGAUGAAGCAAGGGCGUUACUUACAACCCCCGAGUCCACCCUAGGAUUAUCACUUUUCCACACCCUUCGCCGCACAAUAAUGAAGACACCUGAGAAAGCGGGAUUCUUCACCAUCUUGGUCAAUACUACAUUCAAUGUUGCUAACUUCAGCCGUGCAUCGAAAUUCGACCCGAGUGCGAGACAUGGCUUCGUCGGGCGAAAUCUGCUUUAUCCACCAUUGUAUGAAAUUGCUUCGUUGGACGCGAUGGUCCCGCCCGAACCGCCCAAGUCAUGGGAGGAAUUGGUAUCUCCGGGACGACUAUUCAAGUAUGGAAGCCCUGUCUUUGGGACCUACUUUUGUGAUGCCUCAGCCGAAGAAAAUGCAGUACAUACAAACAUUCAUCAUGUUAUUCUGGAAUUGGCGCAUUUCAAAUUGCUCGGUCGAAGCGAACCCACUUGGCCAAAAAGCUUGACGAAAGCACAAGCCUUCGCAUUUCUUGGUCCCACCAUCCAGCCACGGCUCAGUGCUGCCUAUGACCUCAACACAGAGCUUAUCGCCUCACACGCUGCCCACUGCGAUCACAUCAACCCAGAUUUUGGUCCAAUGUAUCAAAGCCCUCACUGCUGCUGUGCUCUAGGACUCAAUGCCGCGGGAAGCGCAGGAGAACUUGCCAGUCGUAUCAUCCUGUUGCGUGCAAUGCAAGUCGCUUUUGCCUCAAAAAAAAAACGUGAAGACGGUUUGCUGUAUGGACGUCCGGUUCGCUUGGUGACUUUUUUGAAAGCUCUAACUGGUGUCGAAGACAAAAACGAUUUGAAUCUCGGAUCAAUUCACCCCGGCCACAAGCAAGAUCUUUUGGACCACGGAAUGAUUUUUUGGAAUCAUUUCUCGCUCAUCAGGUAUUCUCCAACCUCUGCAGACCUCAUGAAGUUCAUGUAUCGAAGUAUGGCUGCGCAGUGCAAGCCGAACCAGCCUGGCUUGGACCAGAUCUUCACGAUAUACCUCAAACGAGAUUCUGAUGGAUCUGAUCUGAAGGAAAACAACAUUUCGUUCUGUGGAGUUCAAGCUAAAAACCGCCCGUCCGAAACCAACAUGGACGCGUUAAUACAAGACAGCAAUCAUAAGUACACAGAUUUUUCCGCGGGUGUUAAAAUCCAAGAGACGAAUCCCUAUCUGAUCCUAUUCAUGAACUUGAACACUACUGAAACCCGUAUAUCGACUCUACCUCCUCUUCGGACCAGAGUUACUCGCAAUUCGUCCAGCUCAACAGAUGAUCGACGUGCCUCUCUCGUAUUUCAUGGCUUAGAUAAAAUUGCCUGUCUUAACAAUAACAAGGAGCUGAUUUAUGCAUUGAAAGAAUUGAUCAACACUGAGCCGGAGGUCAUAAAGCUUAAAUCUAAGGAAAGCGGAAAACUAUUCAGCAAGAUGAUUAACCCAUGUCAAUAUCAAGAUUAG